GGGGCACUCCACUGGCCUUGCAGCCCAGCCUGGUUCCAGGGUGGCCAUCCGUUCGAAAAACACGGUGGGUGGCCAGCUUGUUAUAGCUUAAGUUUGGGUUUCUUGAUGUUUCUUAGUGAUCUUGGGUCUCGACUGAGGCCGCCUCAUGUCAUCUGGUCAUCUCCAUGCUUCCUCCUUCGCCUGCGGGGCCCGAUGUCGCGCCCAGGAGGUUGGUCGGGCUCUCCCGGUUUCGGGGGGGGCCCAAGCACCGGUCGCGCCUCCAAGGCUGCGCUGUCGUUUCGCCACAACCUACAGUUAGGUCCUAUAGCUGAUGUUUUUUUCUGCAGAAGUUCGUCUCUGGAGUUCUGGCACACAAAGUGGGCAAAAAGGGGAUGACACGUCUCCCACUUCUGUCCUAUAUGCGGCACCCAUUCGUUUUGCACGCGCCACGCGCCGCAGACAUCCGGUCACGUGACAGCCAUGGCCUUCCGCGCCGUGGCCUUCGCAUGGUUCCUGGGAGCUGCAGAGGCUCACGAUGCGGCCGAGGACUCCCGUGGCCCGCCCUGUCGGAAGUCCCCGCUUCUGGCAGCGCUGAACCUCACGAGCCAUCAUCAGAUGCUGAUUGCUUACAGCGGAAAAGGCUGGGAAUGGACCAAAAGGAGACACGGCAAAGGUGGCAAAGGUGGCAAGCUCCGCAAGAAAGUCACCAUGCUCUCAGACAUGUGGCGCUUUCAUCUCGAGACCAAGACUUGGUUUCCCAUCGAUUACGGUGAGGAGGGACCUGAGGGUCGCUGGAAGGAGGGCGCCACUCCUGUCUACAAUAACAGCCAGCUGGUGCUGAUGGGUGGCUGCACGAAGACCUCCGUGAAGUUUUCGAGGGAUGACCUGUGGGUCUUCAGCCCGGAGAAGGGCCGUUGGCGCCGGGUGCCCACUGAGAAUACCCCUGUGCGCAGGCGUGGGCAUGUUCUCGUCGCCAAUCACACCCACUUGAUCAUGUUCGGCGGGAAGUCCACGAAGCAAGACGCGCAAGAGUCCUACGAUGAGUUGGAGGACGAAGGCUUGGGGGAGAAGGUGCAGCCGGGGGAGAAGUGUUUGAUCGACCUUUGGGCCAUUCCCAAGGAACCCGUGCUGGCUGACACUUCCGAGGUUGCAAGGUGGACGGAGGGAGCACCCUUUCCAGCCACCUGCCGAUGGGGAGCGACUGGCUCCUAUGUCCGGGAUCACGAUGGAAAGAAGUAUUUGGCCUUCUUUGGAGGACGACACUUGGGCGCCUUUCAGGCGGAGCAUACCGACCGUAGUGCCUAUGUCUACUACAACGAUCUUUGGCUCUACGACUUCGUCAAGGAUCGCUGGGGAGAGGCACCAACCAUUGGUCGCAGGCCGCCGGCGCGGGACCACCACGGAGCAGCCACGCUGGAGGAUCAAAUUUUCAUCUAUGGUGGCCGUUGCUCCGAGAAGCGCGAGAAGACCUCGGUGCUGGCCGAUGUGUGGAGUUACAGUCUCACCACCCUUCGCUGGACCCUGCACGAGCCAGUCGUGGGUGGAUGGGGACCGUCUCGCUCGCCCCUCGCCGUCGAGGGGAGCGCCCCGGCGGCACGCUUUAUGCCUGGCGUGUCAGAUGUGAUUUACAAAGGUCGGCCACACUUGGCCAUCUUCGCAGGUGAGACGUUGCCGGGAUCCACGAAGCGCACGACGCUGAACGACGUGUGGGUCUUCGAUCCCAAGGAGGCCGAGUGGAGCGAACUCUUCGCCUCCACCUGUAGCGAGGAGCCGGGUCUCGAGGCUGGAGAGCUCGCUGGCCCAAAUGUCCAGGCUUUGCUGUGCCUUGCCACGGGCUUUGGCUUUGUGUUCACUCUCUUCAUGCUCAUGCGCACCUUUGGACGCCGAGCGCAAGCGAAGGAAAUGCAAGCGCCGUUACUGGAGUGAAUUGCCAGGCCUUCAUCAUCGUUUUCAGCUGGAAGAAGGAUG